AAGUCUCCUGUUUAAAUCUUGCUCUCACGCCUUUAACUCGUAAGCGAAAAGUGAUGCUGCUGCUGCUACUGCUGCUGCAGGUACAAAGAGACCUAACAGGGGCGGUACUUUUAACUCUUUUAUUCCCUCCCCUCCGUGCUCCUUAACUUCUCAAGAUAACCUUCUCACUUGCCAUUUAUGCUUUCACUGUUUCUAUCGCUGCAAAAGUCAAUUUUAGUUGGACGAGCUCCAGCCUAUACUCGCACUUUCAACCGGACAGUAAAGCCUAAUCUAAUUUUGUCUUUCUCACUUACGCCCCGGGAGCACCGCGCCUGCAGUUCAAUGACACCUCUACCCGGUCAAAUCGAUAGUACCGAUGUUGGUCUUUUUGUUAGCUGCUGCAGUAGCAUCGAUCAAAUAACUAUGCAUCAGUAAACAAUUAACCUGGACGAUCUCGCAAACAAGGAAGGGAGGAUUUGACGCGAGUAAGGCGGACAUGGAGUUCAUUUGCCAUGUCUAAGUCGGCGGUGAAGAAGCUGCACUGGCGUUCAAAGGUGCUAGACAGCUUUGUCCCUCUGCAAGGUUCGUCGGGAGAGCUUGGGAUCGCCAUCGGUGGAGGAGCAGAUUAUGGAGAGUUUCCCUUUGUCACGUCAGCCCCGGGUGGUGGCCUCACUGUGGGUGACAUCAUCCUAGAGAUUGGGGGAACACCAGUUUUAGGGAUGACAUUAGGAGAUGUUCGUGGUAUCCUCAACUCUUGCCCCCAUCCUAUCCGCAUCAAAACUGUGUCACCAGGCCCCACAUUGUGUAAGGACCUCAGGUUGUAUCUGAGUAAGUGCUUCACACCUGGAUCAGUGGACAGCCAACUUCAGCAGGUCAUCAGAGAGAACCUCUACCUCCGUGCUGUACCUUGUACAACCAGACAGCCCAGAGAGGGGGAAAUCUCAGGGGUAGACUACAACUUUGUCUCUAUUGAGGAGUUUUUCUCUUUGGACGAAUCAGGAGCGCUGCUCGAGAGUGGAAAGUUCAAAGGGAAUUACUACGGCACACCUCGGCCCGUUCACGUCAGUGCAGAGAGCCCCCCCAUCACCUACCAGGAACACCGCAACCUGCUCAGAAACUUCCGCACACGCAGCAAAUCGCUCAGCAACUUGGAAAAGGCUGCACCAGAAGGCAUACACAACGAGGACGACUCGGGAGGCUCUGCGGGUGUUAGCAGCAGCAUCCCUCUUGGUCACCGGUCUCCCGGUCGCACACGAGCAUCCAGUAGCGGAGGCGAUGGCCACGUCAUAGAAAACGGCAUCAUCAGCAGCAGGAGUGGUGCCAGAGUGAGAGGCGUGAUGCCCGAUCACUGGGAGCAGGCCUUCAGUGACCCAGGAGAGUCAGUUUACAUAGAACGCAGCCCAAAGAGGACCAGCUGGCAGAGUCAUCGAGCCUCAAGCAGGGAAAACCUCUACAAAAACGACUGGUUCACGGACGAGCCUGGGGACCUCAGGGGUUUCCCUGUGCACACACACUUGAUCAAAGGCCCCAGAGGGUUUGGUUUCAAUAUUGUGGGGGGAAGCAGGCCGAGAGAGUUUCUGCAGGUGUACAGUGUGACAGAAAGUGGACCCUCCACUCUUAAGACAGCGGACAUCCUGGUGUACAUCAAUGACGUCUGUGUGUUGGGAAUGUCUCACAAAGAGGUUGUAGAGAUGCUCAAGUCGGUGUCUGUAGGCCACAGCGUGGAUGUAGAAGUUAGAAGAGGGUAUCCAAUGCUCUACAACCCGGAUGGUUAUCCAAAGCACUCGAGGUUACUGGACAGUGUGGACCCCAUCCUACCACCCACCACCACCCAACCUCAAUCUCUUCAUCAACUACCUCACCUACCAGCACCCUCACCCCACACGCAGCACUUUAAUGGGGUUCACGGUGAUGGGAGGUACAUGGAGCCUGGCGUGACUCUGGACACAAAUGGAAAUGCCACGUCUGUCACCUCCAGACACCUGCCCCCUUACAGACGCUCCAGUGUGAGCAAUGCCGUCUCUUCGUCCCCUGUUCGCCCACCUCGCUCCCACAGAAGUUUAGCCAGGCUGCAGUCACUUGACCCAACAAUGGCAAGCCAAAGUGACAGUGAAGUUGUUUCUGCGAUUGGUUCACACAGGGCAUCAAUGAUCCGUAAUCACAACAAUAACUCACUCGCGACACCUCGUCAUCCUUUACUUUAUGGAACAUCCAAGUCGUCUGAGAGUGACCUGUCCACCCUUUCGGGGUCCCGGCUACCCCUGCCUCAGUCCCCAGGAAGGCCCUCCUCUUCCCCCGGUGGUCCCCGCAGCACUCAUCCCCACCUAUUCAGACCACAGACCUCCCAUCUCAGACCUCCAACCCCAGACAGCCCACAACAUCGUGGCUUUAAUGGUUUCCAGGGCAACACCAGCCCCACUGCAAGUCCCAGCAGCAUGUCCUCACCUGGGGCAAUGAGUGUAGGCAGUGGACUUGGCGCUUUCAGUGGAGGGGAGCUGGUGCCAGUGGCCUUGGCCCAGACUGAAGGAGACAGAGGCCUGGGCUUCAACAUGACGGCUGGCGGUCCAGGAGGCACUAUUGGUGUAGUGAAUCGAGUUUGGGACAGGAAGCAGUGCAACGCCCUGCAGCCAGGGGACGCUGUUGUGAAAAUCAACGGAGCUGACGUCCAGAGCCUUAGCUUUACACAGGUACAAACAAUUAUCCAGGAGCACGCCAAACGGGGAGAAGUCAUCUUACUGGUUUACAGAGGAGGAGUCUAUCAUUCAGCUGUCUCCCCUGGAACUAUCCGGAGACUCCCUCCACCUCUGCUCCGUCCCCCUCCUCCACCUGACAAUUCCUCUGUGCUCCCAGAAGCACUGCAAGUGCCCCGGACCUCUGUCGGCACACCUCCCUCUCCAGCACGUUCCUCACUAAUCCAGAGCACGAGUUUCUUGGAGUCCAUUCCAGUAACCCUCACUAUGGAGCCCAAAGACUGGAUUAACACGGGCCUGGAGGAUGAAGCUGCCGGCGUUCCAGUGCUGGAGAAGCAGAGUGGUGAACGAACUCGGCGGCAUCGAGGAAUUGAAGUGGAGCUGAGGAGAAAGCCAGGAGAAGGCUUUGGCUUUGUGAUUGCCUCACAGGACGUGGAGAAUGGUAAAGCUGCUUCUCUUCUGCCCCACCGGUUUGUGACGGUCCGUCGUGGCAGUUCUGCGGCAAAGAGCGGUCAGAUCCGACCCGGGGAUCGUUUAGAGGCUGUAGAGGGACGCUCGGUGGUGACUCUGCCUCAUCGGGAGCUCGCUCAGAUACUUCGCCGAGCAGGAAAUACUCUACGUCUCACCAUUGUCCCACGUUCCAGCACCUACUCUGCAAACCUUCCAGAAGCUGCUGACUAUGACUCUGGUCACAGAAACAGAAAGGGACAGAGGUCACGUCCAAAGCGGGACUCCAGGUAUUACAGUGUAGAUCUGGAUCGCGGCCCCUCAGGAUUCGGCUUCAGCCUCCGAGGAGGAAGUGAGUACAACAUGGGUCUCUACGUUCUGGGACUGAUGGAGGGAGGGCCUGCAUCACGGAGCCAAAAAAUGCAGGUGAGCGAUCAGCUUGUGGAGAUAAACGGGAACAGUACAGCCGGGAUGACCCACAGCCAGGCCGUCGAGCAGAUCCGCAGAGGAGGCCACCGCAUCCACCUUGUCCUCAAGAGAGGAAAUGGCUAUGUGCCUGAUUAUGGCCAUGAGCACCAAAUCUCCUCCUCCCCCCUCCUGCAUCACCCCAAGAAGCAGGGUUUGGCUGCAGUAAACUCCACCGGACGGAGGGGGCGCAGUUCACAAGAGAAGAGGAGAAGCAGGUCAAGGGGAGGCGAGAGGGAUAAAGGGACGGGAAGGAGAAGGAGAAGUAGAAGUAGAAGGAGAAGAAGACGAGUCUCAGGUGGAGGACAACGCUUGCGUUUACAAAGCCCCAUGUCUGAUCAGACAGAGAGGUUGAGGAGAGCCAGGGAAAGGAGGAGGAGAGAAAAAGCUUCUCAGAGUUUACCUAGAGAUGCCCUAAGGAACUACGAUGAUAGUGACACAGAAACGAGGGCAGAGAGGGGAAGGAAAAGAGGAAAAGGCAGGGGGAGGAGCAGAGAGAGGAAAAGCAGGAGCGAAGAGAGGGAGAGGAUGUCAGAGAGAGAAGAGUUUAUGAAUCGGGACAAGCUGAUGAGGGUGGGAAAAAGGAGGAAGGAGGUGGUGGAAACAUUUGAAAGUGAGAGCGAAGACAGUGACAGGGAAGUCAUUUUACCCAUUCCAAGUCUUACCCAAAGGCUUCCCAGACCCAAAGAAAUCUGGGAGGAGGAGAGCGAUGACGACUGGGGUAUGGCAGCAGAGUACAGAGAACUGAGGAAAGAGGAGAAGCCAGAGACUGAGUGGGAGAGGUCCUGGGGUGAUGACAGCAGAGAAAGUAAAGACACAGGGCUGAAUGAAAAAGAGGACAAUGAUGAACAGAGCAGCAGCGUCAAGCGGCCUUUACCAAGCGUGGGUGUGAUUGGUCCGGAGUCACGGAGAAAGCCCUUCUCCUUCCUCGCUUCCACACUGUCCAUAGAUCAGUUGGGGGAUGAUGAGUCAGACUCUGAAGGCAGCCACUCUGACGGAAGUGUGUCUGCUGCCAGCAUCUCAGCUCUUUCUUUGGUCACCACACAGCCAGGUCCUUGGUUCAUCCCCAGCCAGCAGAGACUGGCUCAGGUCAUGAAGGAGAACAGGCAGGCGGACAGGGCGUGGGUGAAGAAGAAGUGAUGUCUCUUGACUUUUAACAGGAAACUGAGCAUCCAUUGUAACAGAUUCUGUCAGAUUCACACUGUUAGACCUCUACUUGUUUUCUGCAGCUACCCCCACUACCAACUUUUUUCUCUGAGUCACUUUGAUAUUUAAAGUAGAAUGAAGUCAUAUUCUUUGUGCCUUUCUACAGCUGGUCUCUGGCUGUUAAUAUUUUAACUUGUAAAUGACACCAACAAAACAAGAUUAUCCCUCUCCCAACAGUGUCAUUGUCUUUUUUUUCCUCCCCUUCGGCACUGUUGCCCUACUUAAGUUGCACUUUUGUCUUUUCUCACCUACCAGUGAUUCGGACUACUUUAGCAGUGCCCUCUCUCAAAGGGACAGUUCACCCUAAAAUCAAUUUUGGUAUUUAUUUCCUCCGGUUUGUAGUGCUUUUUGUCCAUCUAGAUUAUUUUAGUGAUACCUAGUUGUGGUUGGUCUUCUUUUAAAUAUAUCUAUAGAACUAAAUGGCACUCGUGUUUUUGAAAAACUCAGCAGCAGGGUCUCUUUUGAGAAAUCGAUACCCAGCUACUAAGAAAGAAAAUGCUGGUGUAAGCAGUUUUCAUGUAGGAAAUGUUUUCUUUCUACAGUGCUGCACUAACCAACCAUAUCACUGUGUAGAAGGAGCGAGCAUCUACCUGUAACAAGAAGCUUGUCCGUGUGACAGAGUGCAAAUGUUAAUUUGUAUCCCCCUUCACUUGAGUUUCAGUGUUAGCUAGCUACAUUUUUCUUUUGGGUGGUAGAUGUAGUUCGGUAGAAGCAAAGUAGUUUCAAAUUCUUCAAUAAUCAGGCUUAAAAACCUCUUAGUAUCAUAUUAUUCCAACAAAGUACUACGCUGUCAGACUGCAGGAUUACCUGUGGCUCUUCUGAAAGUAGAAUGGGAGGCACUUUUUCACAUUUUACAUUUGAUCCUUUCCUUUUUUUUUUCCCUCUUCUGAGGCACCUGAGCCUCUUCUGCUAUAGUUUUCUUCCUGUUUAAAGGCAGGUCUUUCUUUCCACCAUCACCAGCUGCUUGCUCAGAGAGGAUCACCAGAUUUCUCUCUUAAUAUUGUGAGCGUCUCAGCUUACAGCGCCUUGAGGCAUUUGUUGUUAUGGAUUCUGGAAAGAGAAAUUGCUGCUGCUGAUUUAACAGCAUAAAUAGCACUGCAGGCCAGAGGAAAAACAAUACAUUUGAUUUUCAGUCAAGCUGUCCCUUUAAGUAUCCCCUACUGUUUAAACACAACAUAGAAAUUCACUUAUACCUCAUGAAGAUAUUGAGCAAUAAUAAUGCAAUCAGUAAUCCAUAUUCACUGCACCGCAUCUAUCUGGCCUGAGAGGAGUCAGUGUUUGUACAGCAUCCUCUUUGUGUUGCCUCAACUUGUAAUCUUGUUCUAUAUUUGAUUGUGAUAAUGCAAAUCCCUUUUGAAAGCCAACGGUAUAUUCUGUAAAUAUCUGUAGACAACAAAGCACUGUAAAUAUAAUACUAAA